AUGAGUUGUGUGCCGUGCCACUCUCAUGACAUGUGGGGAGCUGCUGCGUCAGGUGCUCGAUACAAGCAGGGAUCAUCCCCGGCCUUUGACAAGUUACUCCAAAAGUUCUUCUCCGAGUAUGGCCUAGCUGACCGCACUGCGGGCAUCGCCUUGAACUGGUACCCGGAUGGAGACUCCGUGCUGGGAUCCCACCGUCACGAUUGCUGGACGGCGCUCUUCUCCUUUGGACAUGAGCGUAUCCUGACCAUCGACAAGACGCCUCUCUUGUUGCAAGAUAGCGACCUGGUGAUUUUUGGCACUCAACGCCAUGGUGUUCCGAAGAUGCCCGAGGUUAAAGGAGGUCGGAUCACAGUGCCGAUCUUUUUCUACCCCACGAACAUGCAGAUGCAGAAGCAGUGGCAGACCCUAACUGAUCCGGACGAUGUGCGACGCUCCAACGAGCUGGCAAAGCUGCAAUCCAGCCAUCAGCUGGGCCUUGAGGCCGAGGGAGGUCUUUGGAGCUCCCAGCUAGAGGCCUUGCAGCAGCUGCUCCAACUCGGCUUUGAUCCUUUCAGUGCCAAAGAUGCGCUGCAAGCCUCCAACUUUGAUCCCGAAGCCGCUGCCGAACUGCUCCUCCUCGCCGGCGCCGCUGACGAUCUCGGCCUCAGCGCCAGCAGCACCUCCGGCAGCGGAACCACGGCGGCUGCCACGGCGGAACGCGGAACGCGGAACCGCUGGGGGAAGAAGGCAGCGGUGGCAUUGCAGGAUGAAGAAUUGGCCCUGCGCCUCCAAUUCGAGGAUGACGGGCACUGGGGUUGCUGUGCUGCCGUGGACGAUGCGGUCCUGGCAGCGCAGCUGGAAGAAGAAUCUACUGAAGCGGAAACAGCUGCGCUGCUGCAGCAGCAGUUCGAGGAGUAUGAGCAGCAGAUGAACCGUGCUGAUGCUGAGCGCUGGCAUGGCAAAGGGGACUUAAUGGAGUCCAACUUUGCCCGCGAGAAUUUGUCUUUGCCGACCAUGGACAAGGUGACCUGUUGGUCUAUUGGCCAUGGCCAAAUCACUGAGAAGGCCUUUUUUGAGCUCCUACAGCUGAACUCCAUUCGGGUGCUCUACGACUUCAGAGCCAGCGACCACCGAGGAGAUGUCCGAGCGCCCUGUGAGCAUUUCGCGGUGAGGGCGUUGAAGUCGAGUUGUCGGAUGCGAGGCAUUGUGUACAAACAUGUCGCAUUGGGGCGAGAGAGCGCCUAUGGCAUCCUGAAGCACGUCCAAACGGAUGAGGCGCAGCAUGCCUUGAUUGAACUGGCUUGGCAUGCAAAGCGGCAAAAGACCUGCUUCUUGGGUUUUGAUCCUGACUGGCACCUGGACGCCCGACAGGUGGUCGCCGAUGAGAUGCUGCGCGCCGGCCAUCGGGUCUGGCACAUCGCCCAUGCGGGCGAGGCGGAGGAGCAUGGCCCUGUGAACCGGAAGUUGCCGGACUUCUUGGUUCAAGAGGAGGAACGGCUGCGAAAGCUGGAGAAGCAGCGCCAGGCCGGCGAGCUGCUACGUCCCGAGAAGUCGGUGGACCGAUCCUCAGAGGCAGUUGCAUCCAAAUUGAUGCAGCCCAGCAAAGAGAUCGACGCCAUGGACGAGCUGCGAGCAGCCUCGAACCAGAUGGAACUGGAGCGAGUGCAGCGGAACCUGGCGCGACAGCAGCGCUUGGGGGAGAAGUAUGGCCUGCUGGCCCACAAGAAGGUGACAGCUGCACCACAAUGGAUUUUGGAGGAAGCAAGGCAACAGGCGGAACGCAUUGCCAAGAAAAAGGCCGAGAAGGAAAGCAAAGGUGCUGCUGAUCACACCGACGUUCCAGUGGCGGGCUCACCUGUUGAAGAAGAGACGUCGUCACACGAGCAGCUCAUGGUGGAGUGCUCCAGCUGUACAGUGCAACAGCCCUGGGAUCGCUUGGCAGAAGGCGAUGGUCUUUGUGCCGAGUGCCUCUCCCAGGCAGACCUUCUCACAGGAUUGUCGCAUUUGGACGAGGAGACACUUGCGCAGUUGGGUGCUGAGAAGGGGGUCUUUGUGGAGGAACAUGAGGCAAGCGCCAGUUGCUCCACCUGUGAUUCACCCCAGCCGAGUCCCGACGUGGCGAAGCCCGGCCAGGGAGCCCAGCAGUGCGAAAGUGGACCCACCGAACUGAUUUGCUGA